CCCAAACCACGCCUGCCACGGCUUUGUAACGCAUCCUCGAUUCUCCCACCUUUCCUCCCCCCUCCCUUUCCCCUCCCAAGUCAAUUGGGCCAGUGUUCACCAUGAUAUCUCGAGCGGCGGCUCCCUCCUCUUCCAUCGCCUCCAUCUCCUCCCGCUCCCUCCGAGCCCAGGCCCCGGCCGCCCGUUCCUUCGCGACCGUCCAGGACAACGCCCCCCCGGUCAAGCACUAUGGCGGUCUGAAGGACCAGGAUCGGAUCUUCACCAACCUCUACGGACACCAUGGAGCUGAUCUGAAGUCGGCGAUGAAGUAUGGUGACUGGCACCGGACUAAGGAUAUCGUUCUGAAGGGUCAUGACUGGCUUAUCUCUGAGCUGAAGGCCUCCGGUCUUCGUGGUCGUGGUGGUGCUGGUUUCCCCUCCGGACUGAAAUACUCCUUCAUGAACUUCAAGGACUGGGACAAGGACCCCAGACCCCGUUACCUCGUCGUCAAUGCCGAUGAGGGUGAGCCCGGAACCUGCAAGGACCGUGAAAUCAUGCGCAAAGACCCCCAGAAGCUCAUCGAAGGUUGCCUCGUCGUCGGCCGUGCCAUGAACGCAAACGCCGCUUACAUCUACAUCCGUGGUGAAUUCUACCAAGAAGCUACCGUUCUCCAGCGGGCUAUCAACGAGGCCUACGAGGCUGGCCUGAUCGGCAAGAACGCCUGCGGUACCGGCUACGACUUCGACGUCUACAUUCACCGUGGUAUGGGCGCCUACGUCUGUGGUGAGGAGACCUCCCUCAUCGAGUCCAUCGAGGGCAAGGCCGGCAAGCCCCGUCUUAAGCCCCCGUUCCCCGCUGCUGUCGGUCUCUUCGGCUGCCCCAGUACCGUCACCAACGUCGAGACUGUCGCUGUCACCCCCACCAUCAUGCGUCGUGGCGCCAGCUGGUUCUCGUCUUUCGGCCGUGAGCGCAACGCUGGUACCAAGCUGUACUGUAUCUCCGGACACGUCAACAACCCCUGCACCGUCGAGGAGGAGAUGUCCAUCUCCCUUCGCGAGCUGAUCGACCGUCACUGUGGAGGUGUUCGUGGUGGCUGGGACAACCUUCUCGCUGUCAUCCCCGGUGGAUCCUCGACUCCCGUCCUUCCCAAGUCCAUUUGUGACGAUCAGCUCAUGGACUUCGAUGCCCUGAAGGACUCCCAGAGUGGUCUCGGUACCGCUGCCGUCAUCGUCAUGGACAAGUCGACCGACAUUGUUCGCGCCAUCUCUCGUCUGUCCACCUUCUACAAGCACGAGUCUUGCGGUCAGUGCACUCCCUGCCGUGAGGGUAGCAAGUGGACCAUGCAGAUGAUGCAGCGUAUGGAGAAGGGUCAGGCCCGCGAGCGUGAGAUCGACAUGCUCCAGGAGCUGACCAAGCAGGUCGAGGGUCACACCAUCUGCGCUCUGGGUGAGGCCUUUGCCUGGCCCAUCCAGGGUCUGAUCCGUCACUUCCGCCCCGAGCUGAAGGCCCGCAUCCGGGAGUACUCGAAGGAGGUUGGUGGAAACGGACCUUACGCUGGUGGUUGGCACCCGGAGGCCCGCGCUGAGGGCAAGCUGAUCUCCCCUGGCAUGUAAUUACCAUAAACCUGUCUCAAUUCUCUUUUUUAUCUCUCUCCCUCUCUCUCUGUGUGUGUGUACGACUUCCACUAUGGGGAUAGAAUAGCUUCGCUCGCAACACCCUGCAGUUCGUCAGGUAUAGAGCAACAGGGCAAGCGAGGGAAGGAAAAGACAAAAAGAAAAGAUGAAAGGGAAAGAAAAAGAGAGAAAGGAAGAAGUUAAUCUUUGCUAAAUCUUUCUUUCUUUUCUUCUUUUUUGAUUUCCUAGAGGGAGUGUGUGUGUUCUUUUACAUUUUACCCCUUGUCUCCUCCCACCCAACCCCAUCUCAUAUUUUCCUUUUUAUAUCUUACGUGUCGUGUUAGGUUCUCGAUCAUGUACAGUCCUGGUAGCAAUUGAACUUUUUCUUUGGUUUAA